AAAAUCACAAAAAAAUGAUAUUAUUUAGUUAGUUAGGUGUGAAGCUACCUGUGAAAUUUAUAUGAAUAUAUGAAAUAAAAACAGCAUCAUCAUUCAUUCAUAUUCAUCGUAGCUCACUUCUCAAUCUCGAUGCCUCGUAAACGCUUCGGAAUCCAGGAACCCCAAACAGCUAUACAACAUGCCCAAUACUAUCUGAAGAAAAUAGGACUAGGGCCAAAUAACUACUACUUCUGGAAACAAAUUGGGAAGGCUUUGAUAUGCACCUAUACAGUGAUGGGUGCAGCGUGGUUAUACAACGAGACAUCGCCAUUGGGUUGGUGGACGCUGAAGCCAAUGCCAAAGGAAGAGAAGGAUAUGGCUCAUUUGUAUGAGCGACGUGAGUUUCCGUAUCCGGGUGACGCAGAAGCUAUGGAGGAGUUUGUUAAACAAGGUGGAAUGAUUGGAACAACUAUUGGACCUAAAGGAAUGGUGGAGAAUGAUAUGGAUGAAAGUGAUUAUAAGAAGGAGCUUAAGGAUAAGAAGUUUGAGCAGGAGGCUCAGAAGCUUUGGUUGAGGAUGAGGAAUGAAAUUAUUGCUGAGCUUCAGGAGAAGGGUUUUGAAGUAGAAUGAAUGCAUUGAAUCUUUCAAGUUGGGGGGGAAAACACUUCAUUUUGUGGUAGUAAAUAAUUGAAUGUUAUGUUUUCAAUAAAUCAUGGGAGAUGGAAAAGACUAAUCUAUAUGAAUGUUAUGUGACUUGUGUAUCUUAUAUUGCAUUUUCCUUAAUUGAAUUCGGCUCCUUUUUGCUUU